AUGACCAACAUAUCGUUUCAAAAUGGAGAAAGAGACUUUCCACCACUACCACCAACAUCGCAAAAUUUGAAUAUCAAAUUAAUUUUGAAUGAGAUACUCUCUUCAUCGAGUUCACCCACCUUAAUUAAUGUCACAGCAGGUAGUAGCAAUAACAGUAACUUCAAUCAACAUCAUCAUCAUCAUCUUAAAAAUAGUACAAAUACGACUAAUAUUAACAUAACAAUAAACAACAAUCAUGAUAUUAUUCAAAGAUUAAUAAAUGAAAUACCAAACUUGGAUGAUGAAGUAAUAUUAGAUAGUGUUCACCUAACACUCAAAGUAUUAAAGUAUUAUCAAUCGUAUGGCAAUGAAGAUCUUAAACAAGCGAUAUGUUCAUUGUCAACAUCGUCCUCUUCGACUAUGAGACUUAGUUGCUGUGAUGACAUCGAUAGGAGUAGAGUGUCAUGCAGUGAUCUGAAGAGUGUAUUGCGCGUCUUUUUGAAGUACGUUAUGAAAGUGGUCGGCAAAUCGAGUACGAUCGUAUUGGAAUUCUACGAUUGCUAUCAACAGUUGAUGAGUCGUGACGAUGCACCCAAUUUAAUUAUAGAUGAUAUAGAUAUUAUAAAGAAUUGUAUAUCAGAGAGGAAUUUAGAGAUUUAUCAAUAUUUUAGUGAUAGAUUCGAAAGGAGUGAACGAAAUCAACGGUUGGUACAAUCAAAGAUAUCGAUUAAUAGUAAUCAUCUCGAUAUCUAUUAUAUGAUAUUCUAUCGUUUUCUUUCACCUGUCGAUACGGUUAAGCAUUCUUUUUCACUACUUGGUGCAGUUUCAAAGUAUUAUUUAUAUUUGGAGAUGGAAGACCGCUUGCUACUCUCUAGUGAUAUGAUAGAGUUAAUCAUUCACCAUCUAAAUCUACCACCGCUGACCAUCGAUAGUCUGAUGUUACUAUGUGUAUUCCAUCGUCGUUCAAUCGCAUUGCCAACACGACUGUACAAUCAUAUCCUAAUGCUGAUAACAGAGACCACUCACACCAGAAUAGCCGUAGUGAAACCACUGGAGAUGAUCAACAGAUUCGAAGGAAUCGAGCAGUUGAUUGCCGAUGCCGUUCUCAGUCUGUAUCACGCCAACCGCAAUGAGCUAAAGAUACUGGAACUCCUCUUCCACCUACUCUAUGCAGUGUAUAAUUUCAUUCCGACUGGAUAUACUGCGUCGAUCAUCAACGAUCAUCGAGCAGAGUUCAGACAGCUGAUGCUGGAUAGCCAGGUAUUCCUUACCAAACACAAAAAGUUUAAUUACUGGAUUGACAAUGCCAUGCAUUUCUCGGAGCACAACAUCCAGCAGUUUAUCAAUCAUUUCGGUAGUGUCAGUACGUUGAUAUUCAAAGUUCGAUACUCGGCAUUACUAGUGGAUUUCAUCGAUAAUACACCAUCUCCAAAUGACUCUAUCAAGCAUUACAUCAAACUUUUGUGUACAGAUCUACAGAAGUUGAGCGAAGAGAAAUAUCAAGAGAUACUACAGUGGAAGAAUAUCGAUAAUCUCAAAUACUUUUUGAUAGAAUUCUUCCACUCUUGCUAUCCUUUGAUAUUGGUCGAAGUGGUAGCAAGAGAUUCCGUCACCUAUCGAUACAUCUUAAUGAUGUUGGAUAAAGUAAAUAACAAUAAUAAUAAUAUAAGCAACAGUAAUAAUAGUGGUAGAUAUUUUAUAUCAUCUCUAAUCGAACAAAUUAAAUCAUAUCAAACAACUACAAUCAUUUUUAAAUAUAAAAUAACAUUCAAAGAGUUUCUGAAAUACUUUAAUAACAAUAACAAUAACAAUAAUAAUAAUAAUAAUAAUAAUAUUAAUAAUAAUAACAAUAGCAAUAAUAAUAACAAACAACAAUCAAAUAAUACAAAUUUACCAAAUCUAAGUAGAUUAAUAAUUGGUGAAAUUGUUAAAUUACUUUUAAUUGGUAAUGAUCAAAUGUCAAUGAAAUCAAUUGUAGAAUUAUCAACAACAUCAACACAAUUUCACAAGAUAUGCUCAACUGUUUUAUCGAAUUAUCCGUUGAAAACGAUUAGACUUUACAGUAAAUUGAAUUACAUUGGUUCAAAGUAUUGCCUAUUUCAGACACCUCCGUUACAUCUAUUCGAUAAGGAUAUUCUUAACCUACCGAAUGACGGUACUCUCGAGAGAUGUUUAAACAAUCUACAGACGAUCACUCAUUCCAUGCAAAUGAAACAUACUCAUCUACAUACAAUACCACUACCCAGCAGUAGAAAAGUUCAAUCUUUGGUUUUGGCGUUACACGACAGUUUCAAUUCGAAAGUACAUUGUAGAGUUUGGAAUCAACUAGUCAAAGAUAGUACCACUCAGGAAAAGAAACAUUUCCUUCAGCACUAUCUAGAUAAUUAUAUGACAACAGGUGGUGAUGACGACCACCAACUAAAAUCUAUCAGAGUAUUUAUAGAUUUUAAUCCAAAGAAUAGGUAUAGAGAAUGUCCAGUGAUGAAAGGCUGUCUUUCGAUUCUUAGAGAUCUCAGAGUGACACGACCAACAAUGGAAAUUAGUGUUACUGCCAACAUCAUCAGUCCAAACAUUCUAACUGGGUGCGUAGGUCUCGAUGACCUCUCAGUAUUAAGUGAAAUUACUGUAUAUACGAGUUCUCUUCCGUCCAACGAUGAAAUCAAUGCAAUGUCCAAUCUAAACUCACUGAAAGUAAUACACAACACCGAGGAUGCUUUUGACCAUACGCUAUUGGAUUCAUUAAUAACCAAAGUCACUCUUAAACAUGUCAGCUUCCAAACUCACUAUCGAUCACUCAUUCCUAAAGUAUUGAUGUAUACACUUUAUAAAGAGUGGUUAACUUUUAACAUUGAAGAAUUCCAAUAA